UUCACAGAGAAAUGAAGAUACUGUGCGAUGUGUGUGACAGAGCGGAGGCCUCUGUCUUCUGUCCCUCCGACGAAGCUGCUCUCUGCUGCGCCUGUGAUCGUACCAUCCACCAUGCCAACAAGCUCUCUCGCAAACAUUCUCGCUUCUCUCUUCAUCACCCUUCCUCUAAUUCCUCUCCUCUCUGCGAUAUCUGUCAGGAGAGGAGAGCGUAUCUGUUUUGCCAAGAGGACAGAGCGAUACUGUGCAGAGAAUGUGACGUUCCUCUUCACAGGGCCAGUGAGCAUACUCGGAAACAUAACAGGUUUCUUCUCACCGGUGUGAAGCUCUCUGCUUCUAUCUCGAGCAGUGAUUCUCAAUCUAACAUGAAGAGACACAGAUCAUCAGUUUCAAGUCAGAAUGCCAGUUCUUCAAUGGUGAAUAGGUCUUUAUUAGCCUCAGCGACUGGUUUUGGUAACGUUGAAGAUCAGAGCAUGAUUAGUGAUACCAGUUCAGUUUCAACAAGUAGCAUUUCUGAAUACUUGAUCGAGAAGAUACCUGGUUAUUGCUUUGAAGAUCUUCUUGACGCUUCUUCAUUCCCUCCACUUAAUGGUUUCUGCAAGAAGUAUGGGAACCUGUCAGCAUUUGAGGAGGAAGAUAUUAAUGAAGCAAGUAUGUAUUUGUUUAGAAGCUCAAGAUGAAUUCCCCGCACCUUUAAUUUGGGCUUCUCCUAUCUUCCUCAGCUUUUGCAAUUCGCUCGCUGGAUCUCAAGAAAUGACUAAAGAGAACUUCGCCGAAUUGUUCAUAAAAAUCAAUCUUCUAUCAACAAAACAGUGUUAGACGCUCCCGUUGAUUAGAACAGUUUGUACAAUCAGUUAGAGGAUAUCUUCUAUUUAGUUAUUUGCAUUUCCUUGCUUCUUUCUUUCUUUUCAUUUUUCAAUUUUUCUGGGGAAUCUUCUCGGCUUUC